AUGGCGGAUUACAAGGUGAUACGAGUUUCUUCUUACGAGUCCAAGUAUGAAAAGGGGCCUAUUCCAGGCCGUAACGUCCUGCGCAAAGUUCAGAUAUACUGCCUUAGUAAUGAUUCUUGGAGGUUGGUAUACUCGGAUUUCCAUGCUCAUCGUCAUCGUUGUGGAUUAGUAGCAGGACAGAGUUUUAAUGGUAUUUAUUUCCAUCAAGGUGUGGACUGCACUGCAGGUGUAAAGCCUGCGAUUUUGUCAUUUGACUUGGGAAAAGAAAAAUACCAAAGAGUAGUAGAGAUUCCAGAGCAGGAUAAUUGGUUUGAGUUAGAAUUAAUAGAUGAUAAAUUAGCUUGCAUUACGUAUCCUAUGGAUCGUAACAUUUUAAUAUACAAAGUAUGGAAGUUGAAUGAUUACGGUACGGCUAAGGAGUCGUGGACUGAGCUUUACAGAGUUAAUUUCAUGACUCCAGAAGUCGAAACAAGGUAUGGACGUUGUUUUGGUGGUAUACUUGCAACUUCUUGGAAUGGAGAACUUGGUUUAUUGAAGUGCCACGGUUUGCUACGUUACAACUCUAUUACCAACGAGAUUGAGGAUCUUGGGUUUGGACAAGGAAUAAAUUUGUUUGCUCUUAGGGCUGCAAUCUAUAAGGAAAGCCUUGUUUCCGUCAAUGCAAGUGGUUCAGCAACUAAAGAUAUCUCCUCCUAA